AUGAAGAUAGAGAGGCAUGGGAUGCGCGUAUGGGAUACUCCUCUCCUCCCAACCCUGCUGCUACUCCUCUCCUCCCUUCCCUGCUCCUACUCCUCUACGCCCUUCCCUGCUCCUACUCCUCUCCGCCCUUCCCUGCUCCUACUCCGGAGAAAGUUAAAUGCUCCUCCCUUCCCCCCUCCUACUCCUCUCCGCCCUUCCCUGCUCCUACUCCUCUCCUCCCCUUCCAGGCUGCUACUCCUCUCCUCCCCUUCCAUGCUGCUACUCCUCUCCUCCCUUCCUUGCUGCUACUCCUCUCAUCCCUUCCCUACUGCUGCUCAUCUCCUCCCUUCCCUGCUGCUACUCCUCUCCUCCCUUCCCUGCUGCUACUCCUCUCCUCCCUUCCCUGCUGCUACUCCUCUCCCCCCUUCCCUGCUGCUACUCCUCUCCUCCCUUCCUUGCUGCUACACCUCUCUUCCCUUCCUUGCUGCUACACCUCUCCUCCCUUCCUUGAUGAUACUCCUCUCCUCCCUCCCUGCUGCUACUCAUCUCCUCCCUUCCCUGCUGUUGCUCCUCUCCUCCCUUCCCUGCUGCUGCUCCUCUCCUCCCUUCCCUACUGCUGCUCCUCUCCUCCCUUCCCUGCUGCUGCUCCUCUCCUUCCUUCCCCCCUCCUACUCCUCACCUCUCUUCCCCCAUCCUACUCCUCUCCUCCCUUCCCUGCUGCUACUCCUCUCCUCCCUUCCCUGCUCCUACUCCUCUCCUCCCCUUCCCUUCUGCUACUCCCCUCCGCCCUUCCCUGAUGCUACUCCUCUCCUCCCUUCCCUGCUGCUACCCCUCUCCUCCCUUCCCUGCUCCUACUCCUCUACGCCCUUCCCUGCUCCUACUCCUCUACGCCCUUCCCUGCUCCUACUCCUCUCCGCCCUUCCCUGCACCUACUCCUCUCUGCCCUUCCCUGCUCCUACUCCUCUCCGCCCUUCCCUGCUCCUACUCCUCUCCGCCCUUCCCUGCUCCUACUCCGGACAUGAGGGAGAGCGUGAUGUGCAGCACGAGGGAGAGCGUGAGGUGAAGCGUGAGGGAGAGCGUGAUAUGACGCGUGAUGAGUCUUCUCCCUCUACUCCAGCAGGUGCCCGUGCGGAUGAUGCACAGAAUGUUCGUGGUCAUGGGGAGGGUGGGAGGGAGAGACGUGGCGCAGAGUUAGAUGAUCAGAGAGGGGUGUCAGGGAGAGUGAAGGCACGGGCCAGAAAUGCUGGAAAGAAGGCCGUUGCAGAGGUGGAAUCUUCAGAUGAAGAUGAUAGCUCUGAGGAGGAAUCAGGGAGUUCCUCCGGGAGCGAGGAGAAGUAUGAUGAGGAGGAGGACGAGAGUGAUGACGCUGAAUCUGAGUCCGGGAGUGAUGACGACGGUAGGAGAGGGGGGAGGGCACGAGGAGCGCGCAACCACCGCUAUAGUGGAAAGCGUGGUCAUGCAACCGGUGGUAAGGCCGGUAAUGGACGUAAACGGCAGAGACGUCGAGAGCGUGCUCAAGGAAAGCGCACAGAAUCUGAGGGACCCAAUCGGCAUCGUAAGGAGCGUCCUGUUGUGAGACAGGACCUUCGCUUCUACGAUGAGAUGAGGACCUUGGGUCACUCGGAAGAUGCUGGACCGUCGAAUCGUCGGGAGACCGUUCGGAUGAAACAGGCAGCAACCAACGAUCCGUAUGCUGCCCUUGCUUCUACCUCAGGAUUGGGAAAGAGGGCGUCUCGAUUUCAAGAUCGGAGCGUGCGUGAGAACGCUGGCCAGCAGCAUGACAACACGCUCAAUCCAGCCGGUGGUGGUGACGAUCUGGCCUGGGGUGGGGGGCUGGGGGCGAAUGAGGGUGAGGCGGGUGGUGUUGGAGAUUGGUUCAAUGAUGAAAGGAAAGUUGGACGCUCUGACCCAGCAACUCCCCUCCCGUUUGCAUCGGCAGGAGGCAAUUCCCCGCUCAACGCUAGCGGAGUGCCCAUCAUUCCUUCAAGCACCACUCCUAAUGAUUCCAUGCAGCAACUCUUUCAGGCUUUGCAGGAAGCUAAUAGGCAGAUCGCAGAGCUGAAGGCCGGUCGGGGACCUUUGGUGGACCGGGGGGGAAACGGGACGCAACUCCCGCCGCUUACCUCGAUCUCCAGCGAGCAACCUGAGCCGCCCGAAACGCCGGGCGCUGUGGCGGAGAGUGCUAUUCAAGGCACUCCAAUCACCAGGAGGCAUGGGAUGCCUAAUGCAACAAAUCUGAAGCUCUACAUGGAAGAAGCUCGGACGCGCAUGUGUAUGGAGGCUGAGGACCAUCUCAUCACGUUCUAUCCAAGCUUUGAGAAGCGCAUUCUUGUUUUGCACGAAGUUAUUUCCGAGCACUACGUGGUUCCCUUGAUCAUACUCAAGGAGGCCAUGGCAGAUAAAACGCGCAGGGAUGCAUUCAAGCGCGUGUACACUCAGUGGAAGAACGAGCGUGGGUUUUACGUCAAACGCACCGUGCUCGAGGGUUUGGGGGUUCCCAUGAGUGGCUUGCGGGCGGCGGAAAUUCACAUCGACACCGAGCUCAAGGAGGAACUCUGGGGGGAGUUUGGCCCGAGUGCGGACGCCCUACUGAGCACAUGGGGAAAUGCCGAGGAUAGUGAUCUCCCGUUCGGCAACGAGAUUUUCUUCAACGCGGCCAUGGACGCAUUUGGUGAAUUUGCCGUGGGGAACGACAUUUGCUUGAAGGCAUAUCACAUUGCAUGGACUAUCUUGGUGCUGAGUGACUUGUUAGGGCCCUUUAGCGUGUUUCUCUAG